ACAUGAUAGAUAGCAUGAUAAAGUGUCAUGUGAUCAAGUCAACAUUGUCUUCAGCAUUUAUCAUUCACAAACUAAGCCAUGUUUGAGCACUUGAAGCUCUUUUCUUUUUCUAUAUUUUUAACUUUUUACACUUGUCAAAGCGCUGUUUUCAAUUCAUAUCAAAAUGAGGCACUAAAGUAUUCUUCACUUUCAAAACUCUCGAAUCCUUCCAAGCAGUCAGAAGAGACCUGCGGAUAUAAACAAUGCGAUCUUGGCGAAGAAAAUGUACUAAAUGUUCAUAUCGUUGCUCACACUCAUGAUGAUGUUGGAUGGUUGAAAACUGUUGAUGAAUAUUUCUAUGGAAACAGAAAUGAUAUUCAACACGCUGGCGUUCAAUACAUUCUUGAUAAUGUUAUGGAUGAAUUGGAAAAAGAUGAGAAAAGAAAAUUUAUUUAUGUUGAAAUUGCCUUCUUUUAUAGAUGGUGGAGGCAACAGGACGCGGAUAAGAAGGAAAAAGUUAGAAAGUUUGUCAGUGAAGGUCGUCUAGAAUUUAUUCUAGGAGGAUGGUGCAUGAACGAUGAAGCAGCGACACAUUAUAAUUCAAUUAUUGACCAACAUACUCUCGGUUUUAGACUAUUGAUGGAAGAAUUUGGUACUUGUGCUCGACCUAAAAUUGGUUGGCAGAUAGAUCCAUUUGGUCAUUCAAGGGAACAGGCAUCGCUUUUCGCUCAGUUUGGAUUUGAUGCCCUUUACUUUGGCAGAUUAGAUUAUCAAGAUAAAGCAAACCGACAAACGAAAAAAACCAUGGAACUCUUAUGGAAAGGUUCUGGUAGUCUAAAUCCAGCUCAAACUACACUUUUUACAGGCGUUUUAUAUAAUGGCUAUGGCCCACCAAAUGGUUUUUGUUUUGAUAGAGGAUGCGAUGAUUCGCCCAUAAUGGACGACAAAGAUCUGGAGGAUUAUAAUGUUGAAGAAAAAGUGAAGAGCUUUGCAGACGCAGCCAGAGACUGGGCUAAACCCUAUAGAACAAAUCAUAUUUUGAUGACCAUGGGAAGUGAUUUUCAAUUCGAAGAAGCCAGAGCAAAUUACAAGAAUUUAGACAAGUUAAUUCAACAUGUUAACGCUAGAAAAGACAAAUAUCACUUGAAUUUAUUUUACUCUACCCCGUCCUGUUAUACUUAUGCCGUAAACAAAGCCAACUUAACUUUCACAGCUAAAACUGAUGACUUUUUCCCUUACGCCAGUAGAGCCCAUACUUUCUGGAGUGGUUAUUUCACAAGUAGACCAGCACUAAAGAGAUAUGAGAGAUUUUCUAACAACGUUCUUCAAGCAUGUAAACAAUUGGCAAGUUUGGAUUUUCGAUCAAAUACUCUGAAAGAAUUAGAAGUCCUAAAAGAAGCAAUGGGAGUGAAUCAGCAUCACGAUGCCGUAAGCGGUACUGAAAAACAGCAUGUCUCGUACGAUUAUGCUAAAAGGUUAGCUCGAGGAUCUACUGCUUGCUAUUCACUAAUGGGAGAAAGUUUAGGAAAAAUCAUGGGUGGUAAAAAGAUAUUUUCAUGUCCUCUUUUGAAUGUAUCAAAUUGCGAUUUCACUGUUGGUAAAAAAGAAUUUACCGCAAUUAUUUAUAACCCAUUGGCAAAAUCAAGAGAUCACUGGGUUAGAAUUCCGGUUUUAAAUGGCAAAUUCGAAGUCAUAGACGAGAGCAAUGGUGCUAGUCUGGAUGCUGAUGUCGUACCUUUGAGCGAAGAAACUAAAAAUCUACCCGAAUAUAAACUAGCCGAUAAAAAGGCCAUUGCCGAACUACUAUUUAAGGUGGCUCUUCCUCCAAUUGGGUCAAAAUCUAUUAGAAUAAAGGAAGUUAAGCUCAGAUUCGAUCCAAUUGGUGAUGCAGGAAAAGAAAUGAUAGGAAGUCCAUUUGUUGUUGAAAAUUCAAUGGUAUCAGUUGCCUUUUCUUCCAAUGGUCUAAUUUCAAAAAUUAGCAAUUUGGAAUCAAAGGUAUCUACUGACGUGAAACAAACAUUGAGUUAUUACCUCGGCUACCAAGGCGAUAAUACUCUCCCCAUAAAACAAUCAUCAGGUGCCUAUAUCUUCCGUUCCAAUGGAAGUUCCACAACUGAAUUGACUCCUAGAAGUGUUAAAGUCUAUCCGGGUAAACAUUAUGACGAAGUAAGACAGCAAUUUUCAGAUUGGGCUUGGCAAACGAUUAGAAUAUAUGAUAACGCCAAACAUGUGGAAAUCGAAUGGACCAUUGGGCCUAUUCCAAUAAAGGACAAGUUAGGUAAGGAAGUUAUUUCAAAGUUUUCAACGAAUAUUGCCAGUGGUGAAACUUUUUACACUGAUGCGAACGGAAGAGAGAUUUUAGAGAGAAAGCGAGAUUUCCGUUCUACGUGGGACUUUCAGCAAACUGAAGCAGUUGCUGGAAACUAUUAUCCAGUUAAUAGCCGGAUUUUCAUAAAAGAUAACAACAAACAAUUAACUGUAAUGACGGAUAGAUCCCAUGGAGGAUCUUCCCUUAAGAGUGGUGAAUUAGAAGUUAUGCUCCAUAGAAGGCUUCUUAGAGAUGACGCUUUUGGCGUUGGAGAACCCCUUAAUGAGCCUGGCUUAAAUAUGUACGGCCCUGGUUUGGUGACAAGAGGAACCCAUUACAUUUUGCUAGACACUCCGGAAAAAUCAGUUGCUUGGCACAGGCAAGCGGCUCCAAUGCUCUAUCUACAACCUCUUCCAUUUUUUACUGACGGAACUGUAACUAAAAAAGAAUUUUCAGCAGUUAAAAAUAUGGAUAAGCCUGUCCAUCUGUUAACUUUGGAACCUAUAAGCAAAAAUGUUAGAUUGGUUCGACUGGAACAUAUUUAUGAAAAGAGCGAAUUUUCUCAAAAUAUACAAGUGAGCCUAAAAGACGUAUUUCCUGAUGAUAAUAUUGUAAACGUAGAAGAAACUGCUCUUGGAGGCGAUAGGCCAGUUGGCGAAAGACUUGUUUGGAAAUUGAAAGGAGGAGGAUCUGUUGGAGGAGAUAUGCGACAAUUUUUGACCCCCGUUACAUCUCCUAUGUAUAACGUCUUGUUAACUCCAAUGCAAAUUCGAACAUUUUUGUUAAACACUGCUAUUAUCAACGAUAUAAACAUUGUCAUGACGGAGAGGCAUACAAAGCGAAGAAAUUCAAUUCUUAAGCGCUUUACGGCAAUCGAAAAUAAUGUUGAAGAAUUGGAAAAGAAGCGUGUAAGUUUCGGUUGUAGACCGGAAAUAAAAACAUUCUUUAAAGACAGUCCUCAACCAGACACGCCCAAAUCAGAAGAAAGGUACAUACCAUCGAGAGAGAGUAUGGUCAUCCUCUCCUCUGGAGAUACUCAAUCAAGCCGUUUAAGCCUCCUAGAUAAGACUUUGCAAAAUUUUGAACCCAAAGCCAAUUCAACCGUUCUUCUCAAUCAAUCAAUGUUUAUGGAUGUAUCGCCCGUCGAUGGAGAUGUUUUGGACAAAUUACCUAUGUUCGACCUCAAUACUUCACCAACUGAUAAUAAAUCUUCACCGUUAUCUGAAUUUUCUCCUGUUGAUACCUUUCGCGUUCAAGACGAGAAUUUAAAACCUGAAAAAAGCCGAAAAACAGAUACUACUGUUUUCUGUAAUAGUCCAAUGGAGAUGGCUACCCCUGUAGCUGUUAGAGCGGAGAAAAAAGCCGAAAAUACCUAUAAUAUGUCUGUAUCUAUGGAUAUAACUCUACAAGACAAGAAGAAAGUUGACCCAGUAUUGGAUUUAUCAGCAAUGUCUAUGGAUAUUAGCUCAGAAGAGCUCCGUUUAGAUAAAACGAAAAAGGAAACAAGAAUGGAUCGGGUGGAGAACUUCUUUUCGGACUUAACAAAAACUUAUAGUACUAAUAAUGCAUCGAGCAAGGAGGUUGCCAGUAGAUCUGUAGCCACUAUAGAAAUCACGGAAAAUGUUAAAGAGAUUAAGACAAAAGAAGUUGAACAGAAAGCAGAAAAAAUUGCGGAAGAGAAAGCAUCUGAACGAUUGCUUGAAAAAGUUAAUGCUGAAAUUCGAAACAGAGAACAGCAGAAAAAAAUAAAAACGUCCCCCAUUCGAUCCAGAAAAAUGAUGUCAACGCCAUGUGUGCCUAAUCCUAAUGAUAUAGACUUAUCCUUAUCUGUUAUCGAUGGACCCGAAAACGAGAAAGUAGAUUUGAUUACUCCACAAGUUGUGGAAGACAAAAAAGGUGAAACGGUUCCUUCUAGAACAAUGUCCUAUGUUCGAGCUGCGCUAAAAGAGGAACAACAAAUUCACAAGGAAAUUAAAGUACCUUCCACUACAAAUAAAGAUAGAGAGAAAAUAGUGGUUGAAAAUGACGUAAAGUUAUCAUCGAUCAAUAAACCAGAACGUAAUAAGGAUACGUAUCUCGAAAAAGAAAAUAAACCAGCAAGAAAUAAGUGGGGAGGAGAAAAUUUUUAUGAUGAAUUAGACACUUUAUGCAAAGAUAAAUUUCCCAUUUCUAGCUCAGUGAAGAAAACUAAAUACUCUCUCGGCGAUAUUCAUUUCAGAGAGGACAAAACCUUAUCAGCAAAAAGUGAGGAACCCUUUCUCAAGAGAAGUUCUGUGCCAUCAUCUUUAAUGGGCCACAAAAAAAAAGAAUUUUAUCAAACACGACCAUCAGAAAUCGAAAAAGAACAUCUUAAUAAUAGAAAAAUCUCUGAAUCAAAUAUAUACAAUAAUGAAAACAUAGCUGAAAUAAUAGAUCAGCAAUCAGCUCCUCAAGAACAGCUGUCUACGACAAAAGAUUCAGCUAGUUUAGAAAUAGACACUGUGCAAAAAAAAGUUGACGCUACGUUCGUUAUCAAUCCGCUAGAAAACAACAAAGACGAUAAAGAAAACGCUAAAACAACAGAAGUGAUAGAACAGAAAAACAUGGAAGACGUUGAUGAGGUGUCCCUGGAUAUGGAAGAAAGCAGUAAAUUUGCAUUAUCUGAAAAUUCUCUGUUAACUGAUGACGAUAGUUGUGCAAGUUUGAUCAAAUUACCAAAACUCUCAGAAUCAUUCCUUGUGAAAUCUGCUCUACAUAGCAGCUGUCGUAAAGGUCAAUUGAGUGAAGAGCAAAAGAAAUGGAGAAGGAUACUGAUCCAGUUGAAGGAUGAUCGAGUUCAACACGAAGAAGAUUGCUACGUUUGGAGUAAUGCGCUAAGAAAAGAUAAAUCGUUACGAAGAGCAAACGAUGAAAUAAGUAGAUUACGUUCAAACAGGCAGAGAUCAGAAAAAGCUUGA